AUGAAGUUUGGAGACCACCUUAGAGAAUCUACCAUCCCAGAAUGGAAGGAUAAAUAUAUAGAUUAUAAAACAGGUAAAAGGAUCUUGAAAAAAUAUAGAUCCAAAUUCCAAAAUUAUGAUCACAUAAACAAUAAUCACCUUACAGUUACACCAGGGCCUACUGACAUAAACGGGAAUCAAAUAGACCUAAACCAAAAUCCCAUUAGGAAAAAUGAACACUUACAAAAACAGCAACAACAACGUGUAAAACAAAAAGUAAACUAUUGUACUCCUCAAGAUCUAAGAAGAAAUACAAGUAGUAACAAUAAUUUAAACAAUUUACCUUCUCAUCUAUCUUCUUCUGCUUUAUCAAAUUUAACUAAUGGUUCUAUUUCUUCAACUUCAAAACAUAAUUCUCCUUUCCCAUCUAGAUCUGCUUCUCCAAAUAUUUCUGCUUCUUCAUCAAACAUUUCAUUGAAUUCUUUAAAUUCUUUAAACACUUUGAAAAAUUUGAAUAAUAAAAACAAUAAUAAUAAACCAAAACAACAACAACAACAACAACAACCUUUAAAAUAUACAGAGGAUCAAAAAGAUGCUAUUCAUGAAUUCAUUGAAAAUUGGUUGAUUAAAGAAGAAUUAACUAAGUGUAACGAUUUUUAUCUAUGGUUAGUUAAUGAUUGUAAAAAAAAAAUGAUUAUCUUGGAAAAUCAAAUUAAAUUUUAUAAUUUCCAAAAAAACAUUCAACUUUCUAAAAACAAUAUCAGUAAUAAUAAUAAUAAUAAUAAUAAUAAUAAUAAUAAUAAUAAUAAUAAUAAUAAUAAUAACACUGACACUUCUUCCGAUAAUAUGAAUGAUACUAAUAAUGAUACAGAUGAAAAUAUCUUACUUUUACCUCCUAAUACUUCUACUUCCACAACUAACAUUUCAAAUACUGAUACCACUUUGAUAAACAGCUUGAGUAAAAAUAAUAAUAAUAAUAACAAUAAUAAAGAUGAUCAAAUUUUGGAAAUUACUGCAACUACUACUUCUGACACAAAUGAUAAUCCUCAAAACACUCAUAGAAAUAAAUUAUACGGUACCAUAUCAAACAAAAAGAACAUUAAAAGUAAAUAUGAUAAACAUAACCAUUAUACAAAACAAUUAGCAGAAUUCUUAGAUAGAAAUAGAUUGAUGCCAUCAUUACCAUCUUUACAAAAUAUACCACAAUUACAAAACAUUUAUAAUAAAAGAUCACAAUCCAUUCAUCAUCAUCAUAGGAAAAGUUCUAUUGGAAAGGAAACUUUUACACCAGAUAUGAUAAGUUUCUCUCAAAUAACAAUAUCACAAGCUCAAAAAUUAUUAAGUGAUGCCAUAAUUGAAUUUUAUCUUUUCUUACAAUUAGCUAAAUCUUAUAGAGAUUUAAACGUUACAGGUUUCAGGAAAAUUAUAAAGAAAUUCGAUAAAACAUGUCAUACAAAGGAAUUAAAUAAAUUUAUGACUUUCGCUAAAGGGAAUUAUUCCAUCUUUAAACAUAUUGAUCCAAAUAUUAAAUUAAUGACAAAUAAAAUGAAAUUAAGUUCAUCUUAUCAACCUGUAAUUUUCGAUGAUUUAACUCCAAUGAAUGAAUCUGAUGAUCCAUUAUUAUGGUGGGAAUCAAAAGUGAAAAAUUGGUACAUUAAUGAUUUAACCAAUUCUUUAAAUGAUAUGAAAUUAAAUAAUAAAAAAUUGAAAAAAUUAGUCAUUCAAUAUUCUUUAAAUGAAACAAUGAUUCAUAAAAAUAAUAGAGCCAUUGUACAAAUGUCUAUCGCAUCAUUAUUCAUCGGAUUCGCUUUCAUAUUAACAUUAUACACAUUAUACGUUUCAUUCCAUGCAUCAUAUGCAUCAUACAUUCAUAAGAUUUUAUUCCCCAUGUGGAGUGGUUGGUACAUGGUAUUUUUAAUCUUGUUCUUAUUCAUUAUAAAUUGUUUCAUUUGGUACAAAACAGGAAUUAAUUAUAGAUUCAUCAUGUUUGGUGAAAUUAAAUCAAGAAAUGGUACUCAAUUUUAUAAUAACGAUUUCGCAACAACUAGAAUCUCUUUGAAUCUUUAUUUCCUUUCAUUUUUCAUCUUAAUUUGUUCCAUUUUCGCUGCAUUAUCUUUCCAUUUAAAUGAUUUAAACCCAUUCGGUAUCAUUUUCCCUUGUACCAUCAUAGCAUUAUUUUUAAUGCCAUCAUUCAUAAAUAUCCCAUAUUGGAAUAAAUUAAUUCAAACAAGAAUAUUCCUAAUAACUACAUUCAUUAGAUUAUUCUUCUCAGGAUUCUUCCCCGUGGAAUUCACAGAUUUCUUCAUGGGUGAUUUAAUUUGUUCCCUAACCUAUUCCAUGUCAGAUAUAGCAAUGUUUUUCUGUAUUAAUUCAAACAACCCAAAUAAAGUAUGUGGAUCAUCACAUUCCAUUUCCAUGGGGGUAAUGUCAUGUUUACCAAGUUAUUGGAGAGCAAUGCAAUGUCUAAGAAGAUACACAGAUUCAGGUGAUUGGUUCCCUCAUUUAAUUAACUCCAUUAAAUAUACAUUGGGGAUAAUUUAUUACGCAACAUUAUGUGCUUAUAGAUUAUCAAACCAUUCCAUGGCUAGAAGGAAACCAUUCAUCAUUUUCGCAACUUUAAAUUCAAUGAUCACAUCCAUUUGGGAUAUCAUCAUGGAUUGGUCAUUAUUACAAACAGGGUCCACAAAUUGGUUCCUAAGAAAUGAUCUUUAUUUAGCUGGGAAGAAAAAUCCAGACACGGGUCAAUAUAAAAUGAGAAGAAAAUUAAUUUAUUAUUUCGCAAUGAUUUGGGAUAUAAUAAUUAGAUUCCAAUGGAUUGUAUACGCAAUUGCUCCUGAUUCCAUUCAACAAAAUGCAUGGACUUCAUUCGUCUUAGCGAUAACGGAAAUAUUAAGAAGAUUUAUUUGGGUCAUUUUCCGUGUGGAGAAUGAACAUGUCGCUAAUGUUCAUUUGUUUAGAGUCACUGGGAAUGCUCCAUUACCAUAUCCAAUUAAUUUAACAUCAAUAAGAUUACCUAAUAGUAACUUGAAGACUCCUUCAUUAAUUGACAUUUCUACAAUUUCGACAACGUUUGACAAUAACGAAAAUGAAACUACCUUGAAUGAGAAUGAGAAUUUGAAUUUCACUUUAUCUAAUAUGGAACAUGAAUUCCAACAACCUUCUGCAGCAUAUCAUUCAUUAGUAAGGAAAAAUGCAUCAAUGUUUGAUAAUAUUGGCAGAUCAAUUCCUUGGGCUCAUGCUACAGAUUUCCAAAGACCACAAAUGAAAGCAGCAACAAAUGAAUAUGAUGAUACUGAUACUGAUGGAGAAAGUACUACUAAUAACACAAUUAAAGAGAUUUCUGAUAGUGAGUCAGAAAUGGAAAGUUUUGUUUCAAGAUAUUGA